GUUACCACAGGGGAAACUGGCCGGGUAAAAGAUGAACUUGGACGAGGACAGCAGUCUGUCUGUCAGCUGUGGAAACGGAAAACUGAGACAGUGGCUGAUUGAGCAGAUUGACAGCGGCAGAUAUCCUGGCCUCGUGUGGGAGAAUGAAGAAAAAAGUAUCUUCCGGAUCCCAUGGAAACACGCAGGCAAGCAGGACUACAACAGAGAAGACGACGCUGCCCUCUUCAAGGCCUGGGCCAUGUUUAAAGGGAAGUACAAGGAAGGUGUGGACAAACCAGAUCCUCCCACGUGGAAGACAAGACUUCGCUGUGCUCUGAACAAAAGUAAUGACUUCGAUGAGUUGGUGGAGAGAAGUCAGCUGGACAUCUCAGAACCGUACAAGGUGUACAGAAUCAUCCCAGAAGGAUCCAAGCGAGGAAUGAAGAUGAACAGUUUGGAGGAGACAGCAUCAGACAGUAUGGGCUACGUCCCGUCUUCACUGCAUGGGCAGGUUCACAGCUACAUGCUUUCUCAGGACAGACGAGAGUGGCGGGAUUAUAAACCACCAGAGCAAGCAAGCCUUCCACCUCCACACCAUGCAGACCUGCAUUAUGGCCAGGGCCACUACCCUUCGCCAUAUGGCAGGGCCUGGCCUGGGCCUGAGAAUGGAUUUCAACUCUCCUUCCACAGCUAUUUUUCAGAGGCUCAACCUUUAUAUGCCAUGGAGCACAACAAUGCCAUCACAGAUUUCAGCCUGCACGUCUCUCUCUUCUACAGAGAGUCUUUGGUCAAGGAGGUAACAACCACCAGCUUCGAAGGCUGUCGCAUUACCUCCUCUUCGCACUCAGCCUCCUCACCGUCGUCCCCCGCCACUCACCCAGAAAACAAGUUCCACAGCGGGCCCGAGGUCAUUCUUUUCCCAUUCCCGUACCCUGAGUCUCAAAGACAGGGUGUGGAUCUGCUUCCUAAUGUGCUGGAGCGUGGGGUUUUGCUGUGGAUGACUCCUGAUGGGAUGUAUGCAAAGCGUCUCUGUCAAACCAGAGUUUACUGGGAGGGUCCUCUGGCCCCGCACACCGAUAAACCAAACAAGCUGGAGAAGGAGCAGGCGUGCAAACUGUUUGACACACACCAGUUUCUUCUUGAAAUCCAAGAGUAUGUCCACAAUGGUCGCCAUCUACCGAGAUGCCAGGUAAUCCUUUGUUUCGGGGAGGAGUACCCCGACCUCCACCGCCAGAGAAAGAUGAUCACUGCUCAGGUGGAGCCAAUGUUUGCCAGAAAAUUGGUCUACUUCUACCAGCAGAACAACAGUCACUACCUACGUGCCUACGAUCACAUUCAAGAGCAAAACUCCUCCCCAACCAUUGACUGUUCAUCUCAGAGAGCCCUUCAGCAAAUACAGGAGUGAGACACCAAUUUACUGUUUGCAUCAACAAUUUUACUGUUAGUUUCAGUGCACUGAACGCUUUUUCACUCUGUAGUUUUUAUUUACAAGUCGUGUGACAGUGUAAAGG